AUGAAGUUGGUAAAUAUUCCUACUAUUUUUGCCAUCUAUGGUCUCACAACUCUAUUAUUUGACAUAUCUUAUUGUAUUGAUACCCUAGAUUUGCAACACGAAGAUGGCAAUGGGGGAAAUGAGGGUGCUACUGGAACGGAAUUAUCAACAAGAGAUAAUCGUAUAAUCUUUGAGUUAUCACAAGAUUCGCUGCCUCUAGCUCGAACAGAUUUUGACAGUAAUUUUAAUAGUAAUCAAAUCAAAAUAAAUCCUCGGUACAGACCGAGGAUUAUCAGUUGGGAUGGAUACUUUUACUUCGAAUUGCCCUCUAACGCAUACAAUACUUCUAUAUACUUAGAUUGCAUUUACAAUAGACAAAUCAUGAUAACUAUUUCGCAUCUUCUAAUCGAUGAUAUCAUUCCAACGGAAAUUAAGUUAUCAUAUAAUGAAAGUGAAAUAUUAGAAUUUCCACAUGAUUUCAGAUUUCCAAAAUGGAUGACCGACUUUCGUGGAAGGGCUUUUUUUGAACGUCUAAAUAGAACAGUUCCGUACAUAGAUGUUGAUUUGACACAAAAUGAAUUACACGACUCAUUAACUUAUAUCGAUAGAUCUUUUAGAUACAUACACGAUCAAUAUGAUGCAAAAUACUUGAUUAGAUCAAUAUCUUAUGGUGAUAAGAAAGUUGAUAUAAAGCCUGCAUCUGAUGUAUUAUUAUGUAUUUUACCCGUGGGUUAUAUGAAAUUUACCAUCCGUAUCGAUCUUAGGACUAAUCCAAUGGGAUUACUCAAAAAAGCAGUGGCCACAUGGGAUAUAACAGUGGACGACAUUACACAAGUCCCUGAAUGGAUACUUAAUGCCGACAACAGGUUCUCUUCCAUGAUAUUCAAUCACCCACUACCAUUAACACUUGAUCUUUCAUCCGAAACACUUGAAGAUACGUUAGAAGUAAGUAAAUAUUAUAAUACAAUCCGUUGGUGGCUCGAAUAUGAAAAUAAUGACAAUUUUAUUGGAUAUUUAAAGUGGCAUGAUUUUUAUAGUUAUGAAUUACCCAGGAAUAUGGUACUUGAAUCGAUUUGUAUAUAUCCCAUAGGCAAUAACCAGAUUUUAUUGAUAUACUAUGGCUAUAAUUAUAAUCUUAAAAGAACUCAAGAAAUUGAUUCAUCAAUUAUUACAUUUCCCGAUGAUUAUACACCUCCACAAUGGAUUAAAGACAUAAAUCCAUACUUCUUCGAUAAAGUUAAAAUCCCCAUUGAGUUUAUAGAGUUGGAUUUUACCAAAGAUGAAUUACCACAACAACUAAAAUAUAGCCAGAGCUUUGAUACAGUUGACAUUACUAUAGAUAAGGAACAUUCUGAGUCUAUCCGAAUUGGGAAGAUAUUGUUAAUUGACGGUGAGAAAUCUUACAUCGUACCUAAACAUCACAUCAUCACUAGAAUAAUUCUUACAGUCUCCGCCAAUAAAAUACGAACCACACUUUUUUACUAUGAAAUGUCUGAACCAGAGGAAAUUUUGACCAAGGAUUUCUACACUGAAUUGUCCUCAGAUUUCCUACCUCCAAAAUGGAUUCAAACACUUGAAGCAUUAUUACCAUUAACACUUGAUCUUUCAUCCGAAACACUUGAACAUUCAGUAUUAAGAAGUGAAUAUUAUAACACAAUCCAUUUGUUAAUAUAUUAUUAUCAUAGUUUUAUUGGAUAUUUAAAGUGGCAUGAUUUUUAUAGUUAUAAAUUACCCAGGGAUACGCCACUUCGAGAUAUUUGGAUAUAUCCCAUAGGCAAUAACCAGAUUUUAUUGAUAUACUAUGGCUAUAAUUAUAAUCUUAAAAGAACUCAAGAAAUUGAUUCAUCAAUUAUUACAUUUCCCGAUGAUUAUACACCUCCACAAUGGAUUAAAGACAUAAAUCCAUACUUCUUCGAUAAAGUUAAAAUCCCCAUUGAGUUUAUAGAGUUGGAUUUUACCAAAGAUGAAUUACCACAACAACUAAAAUAUUUCCAGGGCUUUGAAACAGUUGACAUUACUAUAGAUAAGGAACAUUCUGAGUCUAUCCGAAUUGGGAAGAUAUUGUUAAUUGACGGUGAGAAAUCUUACAUCGUACCUAAACAUCACAUCAUCACUAGAAUAAUUCUUACAGUCUCCGCCAAUAAAAUACGAACCACACUUUUUUACUAUGAAAUGUCUGAACCAGAGGAAAUUUGGAUCAAGGAUUUCUACGCUGAAUUGUCCUCAGAUUUCCUACCUCCAAAAUGGAUUCAAACACUUGAAGCAUUUAUGGAGUGUUUUAAUUCCAAUGAAAGAAUUUUAUCAUUACAAUUGGCAAAUGAUGAUUUGCCACCAGAAAUUAUUUUAUCCAAGGCUGAUGACGGAGUGAAGUUGCAGUUGGAUUACGUUCAUGCUGACAAUGUGAUAAUAAGCAGUGUUUCUUUUGGCGAAAACCACAUAUUGACUGUACCCAGUGAUUCGUUUGUAAAUGCUAUUUAUGUGAUAGUUGCGGACAAUCAGAUUACAAUAAAAAUCAAGUACAAUGAGUCGGAUGGGACUUUGACAAGUUUUACCAAGGAACUUGGUCAAAUCAGUGAUAUAACGGUCCCCUUGUGGCUAAAAAAUAACCUGGUUACUUGA